GUCGGUCGGAGGGGCCCCGUCCCCGCGGCCAUGGAGCACCCCCUGUUCGGCUGCCUGCGCAGCGCGCACGGGGCGGCGCAGGGCUUGCACGCCUUCUCGCAGCCGGCGCUGGCCCUGCACGGCCGGUCGGAGGCCCUGGGCUACCCCGACCUCUCGUCGCCGGCCCCGUCCUCCUCCUCCUCCUCCUCCUCGCCCUCCGCCUCCUGCAUCAUCGCGGGCUACCCUCCGGACGAGGGCAUCUUUGGCAGCCAGCACCCCCGGGGGCAUCACCACCACCAUCACCACCACCACCAUCACCACCCCCCGCAGCACCACCCUCACCACCCCCCCGGCUGGCACCUGCCCCCCAUGGCCUCGCCCCCCGCCGCCGCCCGCGGCCACGGCAGCCUCUGCCUGCAGCCGGACUCCGGGCCGCCGCCGGACCUGGGCAGCGGGCCCCCGGGCCUGUGUGCGAAUCCCGCCGGGCUGGGCACCGCCACCCCCACGGCCGCCUCCUGCGCCCCGGGGGACUACGGCAGGCAGGCCCUGUCGCCGGGGGAGACGGAGAAGAGGACGGGGAAGAGGAAGAGCGACAGCUCGGACUCCCAGGAAGGAAAUUAUAAAUCAGAAGUCAGUAGUAAACCCAGGAAGGAAAGAACAGCUUUCACCAAGGAGCAAAUCAAAGAGCUUGAAGCUGAAUUUGCCCAUCACAACUACCUGACAAGGCUGAGAAGAUACGAGAUUGCAGUGAACCUGGAUCUUACUGAACGACAGGUCAAAGUUUGGUUUCAGAACCGGCGGAUGAAAUGGAAGAGAGUGAAGGGAGGGCAGCAGGGGGCAGCCGCCCGGGAAAAAGAACUGGUCAACGUGAAAAAAGGCACUCUGCUCCCCUCCGAGCUCUCCGGGAUCGGAGCCACCAGCCUCCAGCACACAGGGGACUCGCUAGCCAACGAAGACAGCCACGACAGCGAUCACAGCUCGGAGCAUGCACACUUAUGAUACACACAAAGACAGGCCUCCCUUCCCACCUCCCCCAUCCCCGGCUCCGUUCUCAGGAAAGAAACCUUCCCGAUGAGCCCCGUGAUCCAAGAGAGAUGACUCUGGCCUCCACUUGUUAGGGUCAUGGUUCCCCUUCUGGUUCCUCGGCGUCGUUUUCCUUGAUUUUCAGAGGGUUUACAAAACAAGUGCCACUUCUUACAAGUGCCUACGGAGUCCCCGUACAGAAGAUGGACUCGCUUUGAACAUUCCAGUUUUUGGGGUCAUGUUUAUGACAGUGGGCAGGUAAUUGUUUGCUUUCGCUUGCACUGAAAAUUUUAAUUGCUAUCAGGAGCAAAACCUGAGACUUUUCAUCCUGAACAACCGCAGGGCCAGAAAUCACUGGUUAGUGGAUAAGAAAUGUAUUUUAACUCUGUAUAUAUUUACCUUAUGGCAUUUUCCUGUUUUCACUAAUUUUUAGCAAUGCAUUCAUAUUAGCUGACGGCAAUAGACUUACAUGAUGACAAUCGGCUUCUUGUGUUUUUAUUGUUUGUUUUGUUGUCCCAGAGAUAUUCGGCACAGGCUAAUUUCUGUUCGAAUAGAGAACAAUCCAGUAGUCUGACAGGACAUGUCCUCGUACCACAGACAAAACAAAUCUUAUGUUGCAUUUACUAUCGACUGCUGCUAAUAGGGUGUUAUAAACCUUCCCUAGCUCUUCAUUUUUCUUAUUUUAUAGCUGCCAAAAAAAAUUUUUUAGGAUCAUAGGACAGUCAGUGAGCUUGCAGAAGGACUUUUUGUGAUGCCCAUCUCUGGAUUGAUUAGAAAAAAAGAAUAAAUAUUGCUACAGUGUCAUGGUUGUGGAUGUUGGUAAACCAAGGCAUCAGCAAGAGGAAGUGUUUUCCUAGAAGCAAGUUGCAAAUCCAAGAGAGCUCCUGGUGUUAUAGAAACCGGAACUAUGAAGGAGAUUCUGAAUGGUCUCGGGUGUAAGUUCAGCAAAGAUAUUAUUAUUCCAUUUGUUGUGUGUACAUACAGAACACCAAAACAUUUACACAAAACAUGAUUGUACCUUGUAAAAAUGUUAAAUAAAUGAUCCUUUGUAAAUA